UCUUACAUCAGAAUCUCAAAAGUGCUUGUUUGUCAAAAUAUUUCUACGAUGUUGACAGUGACAAUGUAGUUAAACUUUGCAAUACAAAAUGACAUUUUUUGAUAUUUUAACGAGAGUCAAAGCAUAGUUUAUCAAAGCCAUGAGCGAAAUUUUAGCAAUAGAGAGUGCACCAGCGGACUUGAGCAGUGAUGAUGAUGAAGAACUUGGAUCCAUUUUCUCUGAUCCUGAUGACGAGGAAUUGUCACCACGACGUCGGGGAUUGUCCUGUGGAAUGGUCAGCAAGUCCAAGAGUGACUCCUUCUGUGACUGUCUGAAGAAAAAGAGAGAAAAAUUCUGUGUAUGCGGAGAGGAAAAUACAAAAUUUGAGUGGGUAUGGGAUGAUGAAUCCAAGUCAGCAGCGAGCUGUAUUAAGGAUGAUUCCCGAGAAGUGAUGUUUCAUAUCGACUACAGCUGUGGGACUGCUGCAGUCCGCGGAACAAUGCCUAUGAAGAAUGAUCAGUACUUCUGGGAAAUAAAGAUGACAACACCAGUUUAUGGGACUGAUAUGAUGAUUGGGGUGUGUACCGGUGACCUUGACCUGAACCACUGCCGACACAUAUUCUGCAGCAUGAUUGGUUUAGACAGUAAUUCCUGGGGGAUGUCUUACUCUGGACAAAUCCAACACAAACAAAUAAAGGAGUCAUAUUCCAGCAAGUUUGGCCAGGGAGCCAUCAUAGGAGUUCAUCUUGACAUGUGGCAUGGAACAUUAUCAUUUUACAGAAAUAGAAAACCAUUAGGAGUAGCUUACCAUGGACUUCAGGGUCGCAUUCUGUAUCCUAUUGUGUCGUCCACAGCCGCCAGGAGUGGGAUGAAAGUGAUCAGUAACAGUUCAUUCCCCACCUCCCUACAAUUCAUGUGUUGUCAAAUUAUGCGUAAAGUCAUACCCUCCCAUUUAGAUGUUCUUAAAGAGGUUGGCCUUCCCCCGGGGUUGAGGGGCUUCCUGGAGAACAAUGUCCGAUGGCUCCUCAAGCCUUGUCCGGCACAGAGUGCUAACAAAGAGAAACCUAAAAAGAGGCCUGCGGAGGAUUCAGACUCCGAGGAAAAACCCAAUACAAGUACAAAAAGGUUAAAGGUCUGAUGAGGGAACCACUAUUGUUUUAUUCAGAAACUUCCAACAUUUUCUGUGGAGCUAACCGAGAAAGAAAGGCAUACUAUUGAGAAAAUCUUAACAAAGUAGUUGUGCAAAGAUUUCCUUAUUUGAAUUGGGACUCAAAGACAUUUAAAACUCAACAUGUCAUUUGAAAUUUUUGUUCAUUUUAAACAUUGUCAUUGUCCAUAUCAAAAUGUUUUGUUGCACUGUGUUAAUGUAUGUGGCACUUGUUUGUAUGAGGCAGUCUUCAGGGGCUAGCUGCUAUCUUAGUGUGAACCUUAAUUUAAAGGUUUUUAAAAACCCUCGCAACAUUGUGCCAUUUGCAAUUAUUUCCCAAACAAUUGCAUGUCAAAACUUUUAAUAUACAUGUACUUACUGUAUUUUAUCUUCUAUAAUUGUAUGUUAUACAACUAUACAAAAAAAACUUUUUUCAUGUUAAGCUUCAAGUUUUCUAGUACUGUUCAGGCACAUAUACAAUCAGCUUGAUAUUUCUAUCAACACCUAUUUCAGUGCAACUUCAUAUUUUUUUGUUAUACAUUUUCUACAUGCAGAGAUCUAAUUAGAUGUAUGUGUAAUAUACAUGUGUUAUUGUCAUUAUAAAUACAAGGUGGAAAAUGAUGUCUCCUAGCAUUUUUUUAAUUGCAUUUUCAGAAUUUGUUAACUGGAUUUUUUCAUAUGUCAGACAUUCUUUUUCCGAUCAUUACUUACUGGUACAUGUAAUUGUAGUUUUUGACCAUAUGAUCAUGGUAUAAAAGAUGUAUCUACUUUGUUGCAAUCAGUGCUACAUUUUACAAAUAUUUUUUAGUUAAAUAAAAAUCUAUUAAAUUUUACAUCAAAACUA